AUGUAUUCGAACUUUGUCUUGGUGCAGUUCGCCUUCUUCGGUGUCGGCCUCUCGUCCCAGCUUCCAAGCUCCGGCUGGAAGGCAGCGAACUUCCAAAAAACCUGCGGUUCGUGGUACAUAAUGGGCCCAAGUUCCAAUUCGAUAGCAGCAGUCUGCAACAGUACAAUCUCGGUCGACUAA